CCCUCCAGUAACUCAUCCUCGAACGAUAUACUAUCUGAAUCCACAACAUUCAGCCUGCAUCCCGGCGCAGUCUGCACUCAGCCACACAGACCACGUUCUCGAUCGUGGCUUUGACAAAAUGUCGAUCAACUGGGUGAUGCUGCAAGGCCCCGAAGGCUUUGUUCGACUACCCAAUGAGCAUCAGUUGUUCGCCUCUCCUCCGCGGACAACUCUGUCUCUGCAACCCCUAGGCUCUAGCGCCAGUAAGGAUUCUUUUUCCAUGCAAAGCAGCGCCGGUCGAGUCUACCUGACAAAUCAGAGGAUCGUUUACAUUCCCGCGCAACAAACGAAAGAGUUUCAAUCGUUUUCCACACCAUUACUCAAUGUACAUGACGCCCAUGUCACUGCACCAUUCUUUGGGCCCAAUGCCUGGAUGGCUCUAGUCCAGCCGGUAUCUGGAGGAGGCAUCCCUGCGUCGUUGCCUGCUGUGCAGCUCAAGGUGACAUUUAAAGAGGGAGGGGCGUUUGAUUUCCACAACAAUUUCGAAAGAAUCAAAGAGCGUCUACAACAAGCUGUCGAGAAUACUCAGGCGAGCAGUCGAGGUGCCCGAAAUGUCGACAUGUCUGCGAUCCAUCUCGACGAGCUACCUGCGUACACAGGCCCAUCGGGUGGCACAACCGGAGCCGACCACAGUACUGCACAGCAACCUGUAAGCCCACAGUCUCAUCACACAGGGCCAGAAGCGGGAUCAGAGCCUAUGGAGCCGCCACCGGAUUAUGAAGAGGUGCAGCAGCAGAGUGUGGCGGAAGCGCUCGAGGAGAGACUGCGUCGAGCCAGUUAAAGCCAGGACGGGUGCCGUAUUCCAUGCUUUCUUCCAUGACUAGAUAGUCUCCAAUUUCCUUCACACUUAUUCCCGCGGUAGCCUCAAGCCCAAGCGGCCUCUUAAUCUAUUUUUUCCUGUAUACUACUU